CUGCGCCCAUGAAAAUGUCACAAAUUUCAAAAAUGACAAUAUAAUGAAUAUUAUAUCAACUACUUGCAUGUAGAUAACAAAAAUGUGGUAUCGAACAAUUUUUCUAAUUACGUACAAUUCAUAGAACUAAUGAUGAAUACCUGCUGCACGCAUCUGUUGUUGAAAUCGGCUGGAAGACUUUCAUCACGUAAAAUCGCCCAUGCAAUUUCAAGAAAGGCAUUGAGAAAUGGAUUGUCACCCUGUUCAUACGUCAGUGUUCGGUUGAAGUCAAAGGGUGACAAGAAAAACUUGAGUGCUUUGAUUGAACCAGUACAUGUUCCUCUAGUUAGCAAUCCUGACCAUAUCAAUGUUGGUGCAGAAAUAACUGGGGAGCCAAUAAAAAAAGAGGACAUGCUGAAGCUGUUGAAUCAGUUCUAUAAAAGGCCAGAGCUACAAAAUCUUGCCAAAGAAAGUGGAUUAGAUCAUCGGCUAUUUCACCAGGCUUAUAUAGGAUUUAGAAGAUUCUGUAUAGAAUCAGAGGCCCUUCCCCCAGAUAUACACAUAGUGCUUAGUGAUAUUCUUCAAGGAGCAGGUCAUGUGGAUGAUUUGUUUCCCUACUUUUACAACUAUGCCAAGGAGAUGUUCCCACAUUUAGAAUGUAUGGAGGAACUGAAGAAGAUUAGUGAUCUUACACUACCAGCUAAUUGGUACCCAGAGGCCAGGGGUGUUCAACGUAAGAUAAUUUACCACGCAGGUCCGACAAACAGUGGAAAAACCUACCAUGCCCUCCAGAGGUUUCUCACUGCCAAGUCUGCUGUAUAUUGUGGCCCACUCAGACUGCUGGCAGCUGAGGUAUAUAAGAAGUCAAAUGAGCAGGGCACACCAUGUGACCUUGUAACAGGGGAGGAACGUCGCUAUGCAGAUCCAGAUGGUGAGCCAAGUAGCCAUGUUGCUUGUACAGUGGAAAUGACAAGUGUCACAACUCCUUAUGAAGUUGCAGUAAUUGAUGAAGUGCAGAUGCUGAAAAGUAAAGACAGAGGAUGGGCAUGGACAAGGGCACUGCUAGGUGUGUGUGCUGAGGAAAUUCAUGUGUGUGGUGACCCUUCUGCACUUGACCUGUUGAAUGACUUCAUGCUUCAUGUGGGCGAUGAAGUUGAGGUGAGGAAGUAUAAAAGGCUGACCCCACUCAAGUACCUUGAUUAUGCAGUGGAGAAAUUUGAAAACAUACAGGCUGGUGAUUGCAUUGUUUGCUUUAGUAAGAAUGACAUCUACCAUGUCAGUAGGCAGGUUGAACGUCGCAACCUAGAGUGUGCAGUCAUUUAUGGAGGUCUACCUCCAGGUACAAAGGUUGCUCAGGCAGAAAAGUUCAAUGAUCCUAACCAUCCAUGCAAGAUACUCGUAGCCACAGAUGCAAUAGGAAUGGGACUGAACUUAAAUAUUCGAAGGAUUGUAUUUUAUUCACUUAUCAAGCCAACUCUUAAUGAGAAAGGUGAGAAGGAAAUGGAUGUACUGGACACAUCAACUGCCCUGCAGAUUUCUGGACGCGCAGGUCGCUAUGGGACUCAGUAUCCAAAUGGUGAGGUGACAACUUUCAAGAGGGAGGAUUUGUCACUAUUAAGACAGAUUGUCAAUCAAGAGAUAACUCCUAUUGAGCAAGCUGGUUUACAUCCUACGGCUGAGCAGAUUGAAUUAUUCGCCUACCACCUCCCCAAGGCAACAUUGUCUAACUUAAUAGAUAUCUUUGUUACUAUAUGUGAGCUUGACAACCAAUACUAUUUCAUGUGCAAUGUGGAUGACUUCAAGUUCCUGGCAGACAUGAUUGAGCAUGUUCCCCUUGGUCUUAGGACACGCUACAUCUUUUGUUGUGCUCCAAUUCCAAAAAAGCAACCAUUCGUCUGCACUAUGUUUCUAAAGUUUGCUAGAAGAUACAGCUCAGGGGAGCCUCUCACUGUGGAUUGGCUGGCACGAAUCUUGAGCUGGCCCCUCACUUCCCCGGGGACCAUUGCAGACCUUGUCCACUUGGAGGGCGUCUUCGAUGUACUAGAUCUCUAUUUGUGGCUAAGUUAUCGCUUCAUGGACCAUUUUCCUCACGCUGAGCAGGUCAGAGAGAUGCAGAGUGAAUUAGAUGAGAUAAUUCAAAAUGGUGUCUAUAACAUAACACGACUCCUUAAGGCAAGUGAAACAAAAGUGUCCUCGGGAGCACCAGAUGAUGAAGAUGAUUUUGAAAUAAAGAAAAGACAACAAGUCCAUUCGAGGAAUCGUUUGGAAGACCGUGAAGUUGAGGUAAUUCCAUCUCAUCCACAAACACUGUCAGGUGCUUAUCAGAGAGCAAAACUAAGUAGGAAAGUUCCAGUGAAAAAGGGCAAAUUGAGUGACUAUUUGGUUCAACAGGGCCUUAUCUCAGAGAAAGUGUUAGAACGUUUACAAAGGGAGUGGCUGCACGAACAAAAUUUAGACAGUAACGAGGAUAAUGGACAUCUUCCUGGGAAAAGAAAACCUAGGAAGAAAAGGUGAUGAUGAAUGGUUUCAUAAAAGCGUAUAUAAUAAAGUUAUCAUAUAAACCAUACUCCAAAUUUAAUGCUUUUCUAAAUAUCUAUUUAAUUAUACAGGCACUAUCAUACCUUAAAAGGUGACAAUAAGUUCACGCAACCUUACCCUUAGCAAAAGGUAUGCCUGUUAUAUGAAAAUCCAAUGUAGAAAUGACAGAUCAUUUUAUUCUCAACUUGUGUGCAAAACUGCAAAUACAGGUAUUUUUUAAUAGCAGAUACCAUUCAGAUAUUACAUGUCAUAUUUGUGCUCCACGAUUUCAAAAACCCAAAUGCAAAAAGUUGUCUGAAAUGAUUUUUGCAAUUGUCAUAGUAACAUAGCUAGGCUGUUUUGCAAGUGCACAAUCAGGAUCUGGUUUCUUGUAAAUACACCUGAUGUCCAUGCAACAAGGAAGGAUCAUGAUAAAAAUAUAGAUAGAUAUAUAACAUCAAACAACAACAUAAGAGCCUCCAGAUAUAAAUUGCUAAGUGAAUGAAUAUCAUGAUACUGUGUGUUUUAUAUAUAUUUCUUUUAUUGACAAUUGUAU